ACUUGCACAAGCCCACUUCCGGCACUUUCUGUCCCCAGUCAACAGUGUGCGAGAAGAUUAUGGAGCUGCUGGGACAAAACGAAGUGGAUCGCCGGCAGCGCAAGUUGGUCAUCCUGAGCCAGGACUGCUUCUAUAAGGUUCUGACGACAGAGCAGAAGGCGAAGGCCUUGAAGGGACAGUACAAUUUUGACCACCCAGAUGCUUUUGAUAAUGAUCUGAUGCACAAGACUCUGAAAAACAUUGUUGAAGGCAAAACUGUCGAGGUCCCCACCUAUGAUUUCGUGACGCACUCAAGGUUGCCAGAGACCACGGUAGUCUACCCAGCUGAUGUGGUUCUGUUCGAGGGCAUCUUGGUAUUCUACACUCAGGAGAUCCGGGACAUGUUCCACCUGCGCCUCUUUGUGGACACAGACUCUGAUGUUAGGCUGUCUCGAAGAGUUCUACGGGACGUGCACCGAGGGAGGGACCUGGAGCAGAUUCUGACUCAGUACACCACCUUUGUGAAGCCAGCAUUUGAGGAGUUCUGCCUGCCGACCAAGAAGUAUGCUGAUGUGAUCAUCCCCCGAGGAGUUGACAAUAUGGUUGCCAUCAACCUGAUCGUUCAGCACAUCCAGGACAUUCUCAAUGGUGACCUGUGCAAGCGGCAUAGAGGAGGGCCCAAUGGGCGCAACUACAAGAGGACCUUCCCUGAGCCAGGAGAUCACCCUGGGGUGUUGGCCACUGGCAAGCGCUCACACUUGGAGUCUAGCAGCAGGCCCCACUGAGACCAGCAUACGUAGAUUCCCCACAGACCCAUGAUUAAGGGUCUGGGCCUGGGGGCAACCACUUGCCCUUAAAAGCAGUCAGGGAUUCUUCUCAAUGUGAUCUAGGGUGGCAGCAUUUAGGACCAAAGCCUUCCUUGCUUGGAAGGGCAGAUUCAUGCUGACAGAGCAUUCCGGUGUCUUCUGCUUCCUUUCAUUGGAGGAGGUUAGCAGGUCUCUGGGUCACUGAGAAGUGUCCCAAACUGCAUAGAAAGCCCAUGGUGCUGGCUUCCAGAGGGAUGCAGGACAUACAUUAUGAGGCAACUGAGGAACAGCCCUGGCACUGGCUGUCUUGGUGUUGAUAGUGAGCCACAGUGAAGUGUUCCCAGUCUGAUGUGGUUCGUGUAUGUUGCAGAAGUAAAGUUUGAAGACAUGUUAUAUAUCCUAUUGGUUUUGUGGCAGGCUAUUUGUGACCUAUGAACCUAGUUUUAACAACCUACCACGGGGCUAUAGUCCAGUCUAUGGAGCCUGAGGCAUGAAGGAACCCUAAUGUCUAUCUAUGUGACCCUAAGCAGCAAGGGACUCCUGGGGCCUGGAUUGUGGGAUAGAUGGGAGCAGGCCAUCAAGUUUCUUGUGGCUAAAAUAGUGUCUUUAUAAUUCUGGAGGAAGCCUUGAGCCCCGGGGGCUGUCUGUGUAUAAGCCACUUGGCUACAGUUCAUGGCUAGUGUGCCAGGACAAGCUAUUUCCAGCCAGAAGAGCACUGGAGUGUAGAGCAGAGAGUCACUUGAACAUGGCUGCUUAAAGCCAGCUGGUCUCCUGAACCCUGAACCUGAGCUCAUGGCUUCACAAAUGGUCCGUUCUAUGAUGUCAAGGUUGUACUCCCUCCUACGGGAUGGCCCUUUUGGGAAAAGUGUCCUUUGCUGUUGUCAUAGGCUAUGAUGCAGGCAGUUCUCAUUUGUUCUCGUUAAAUACAACGAGAUGCUCAUGACAGCAGCUGAGCUGCACUGAGCUCAGGGGCUGGUUUCUGUUAGUGCUGUGCUGGUUUUGUUGAACUGAAACCCCUCUUUGGAGGAAGAAUCAAUAAAUAAUACUAAAAAAUGA